GCCAGCAUGCCGGACAGCAGCGGCGCCACCGUGCUGGACGACCUCCCCGAGUGUCUCGUCGCCGACGAGAUCCUGGUCCGGCUGCCCCCCAAGGACGUGCUCCGCUGCCGCGCCGUCCAAAAGUCGUGGUGCGCCGCCACUUCCACCGACAAGUUCAUCCUCGACAACCACCGCCGCCAGCCGUCGCUCCCCAUCAUCCAGCGCCACAAAGAGGGCAUCUCCCGUUUCGCCGCCGCCGGAGAUCACAAGCUAUGGCCCGUCAUCCGGUACACCCGCCGCCAUACAACUUCCAACUUCUCCACCAUACACCACCCGCCUGCUUACUUCGUCCUCCCGGUGGGAUCGGACCAGCCAAGAUGCGUCCACUGGCUGACAGUUUUAGAGAUUUUUCCGGCUACCCGGUCCUCUGACCAUCCACCAGUCCACCAUCGUGGUGGCCUGCACUGGGCACUGGGCCUCGGCAUAACGGUGUUCGACACCGUGACCGAGACAUUCCGGCAGAUGAGCCGCCCGGCACAGUUGCCGGGUGACAUGGUGUCAUUGUUCGAUCUUGGUGGCGACCUUGCUCUGCGCCGCACGUCCGGUGACUGCGUCACUCUAGACCUGUGGGUGCUGCAGGACUAUGAUGCCGAGACGUGGGCAUUUCGAUACCGGAUUGACUUGCGGGUGAUGGAGGCAUCACCGCCGCUUAAUUUGAGUGUGAAGCAUGACCCUAUCAUGGCUGUGGUCAAUGGCCGUGAGCUGUUGAUCCAGCAUGGUCCUUACCGUCUAUUGCACUGUGGCAUUGAUGGUGUGUUUUUAGGAAAUGUGGAAAGCAAAGACAAUGCAAACAUUUUGAGUCAGUUUGCAAAACCUUUGACACUCACUAGGCAUCGCCUCCAAGAGAGCAUGAUUUCGCUUCCGUUGUUUGAGAAGCAAGAAGAAGAUGCCGAGCACGAGAAGAAGCCUCCGUUCACCAUACUUCUAUAAGAUGCCGUGCUCUAUCUAUAAUACUUUGGACUCCUUGCUUGCUGUGCCGCUGGAGUGUCUUAUCCCAUAUAUGGGCCAUGUCUUUUGCUCCUUGUUCUUACUAUGUCGUAGUGGAACUGAACUAUUAGGACUGAGGA